UAAAACCGAUAACAAGCAAUGGUGAAAAACGGACCCCAACAUGGCUGCCACCAAGCUAAACAUGCUGCAAGGAUUCUUCCAGAGAUUAGCACCUUGUGCUGGCAAAUUUCCUUUGCAAGUUGUUUUUGCUCGAGAAUUUUCAACAACAGACGAGUUAAUGAUCAAAAGGAGACACAUAUCCAAAUGGAAGAAUAAAUUCCCAGAUCAAGUAUAUUUUGAAGGGGACUUGGAGGAGCGAUGUUUCGAUGCUGUGUUGAAUACACGUAUGAAAUCUAAGUUACGAAGACGACGUACAUUCAAAGGUUUGCUUGAUACACUGGUUGAAAAAGAAAGAGUCGUUGUCACUUUCGGCAAGGGAAAAGCUUUGUCACGACUAGCUGAAUUGUUGAUUGACACGGCUAAGAGGAAGGAUGAACCAGGCGUCUAUACAAUGCUACAGAGAAAAGAACUCGUGCCGCGUGUGUUUGAAGAUUUGUUGCCAAGGUACCACGAUCAAGCAGAACGAUACACUAAAGUCUAUCACCUCCACUCAGAAUCGCUACCAUUUUAUAGAUCAGGUCGCUUGAUACACAGACAAGAAGGGAAUGCCGUGGUGGAAUUUUUGGGUAACCAAUUACCGCCCCUUCUACCAAGUGAAGAAGAAUUGAAGGAUUUGACUGAGAAACAUAUGAAUAAGAAAAAAAUGGAGAAAGACCAAAUAAAGACGGGAACGAGUCUGUAGUUUCUUUGUUGGGAGUGUAUUUUUGAGAAGUUUUUGUGCUGCUACA